CGGCCUGUGCCAGACUCGAUCAGUAGAUGCCAAAUCCGCAUCUCCAACUCGUUAGCAAGAGCUGUGAGCGCAGCCCGGAGACGAUGGCGUCCUCGGAGCAGCCCGAGCAGCAGAUUCAGAGUGGACCUCCUGCCAGAGAUGCUCCACCGCGGGAAGCUCUGAUCACCACAGCAGUGAAGUUCUUACAGAAUGCAAAAGUUCUUCAGAGUCCCUUGGCCACCAGAAAAGCUUUCUUGAAGAAAAAAGGUCUGACAGAUGAGGAGGUGGAGCUGGCCAUCCAGCGCUCAGGCAGCACAGAGGAGGCAUUGACUCGGACUCCAAUGGGACCCCCACACAUUAUCCAGGGCCCACCGCUGGCUCCAGUACCCUACAGUCCCCCUGGUUACAGAUGGAGAGACUAUGGUGCCCUGGCCAUCAUCAUGGCAGGAAUGGCCUUUGGCUUCCAUCACCUGUACCGGAAAUACAUCCUUCCCCUCAUUAUGGGCAGCAAAGAGGACAAGAAGCAUCUGCAGAGGAUCGAGAGCAGCAUCAUCGAGAUGAGUGGCACGCUGACACAGACAGUGACCCAGUUGCAGACAACUUUAGCCUCAGUGCAGGAGCUGUUGGUCCAGCAGCAGAAGAGAAUACAGGAGCUUUCUCAGGAGCUGGCGAACUCUCAGGCCUCCUCCACCACCAACCGCAUGCUGGAGUCUCAAAGCAUCAGUGAACUGAAAGCUGAGAUCGCUUCUCUGAAGGGGCUUUUACUCAGCAGGAGACAGUUCCCUGCCUCUCCUUCACUCCCUAAAAUCCCAGCCUGGCAGAUUCCUCUAAAGCCAGGCACGCUGUCCAACCCCCCCUCAGUCAACCACACUAACAGCAGCAGCGACAUCUCGCCAGUCAGCAACGAGUCAGCCAGCUCCUCACCCAUCAAAGAGGGCCACAGCUCACAGGUGACCCCGUCUAGUGCGCACAGCCUAAACGGGGAGGCAGGACUAGGGGCCAUGCUGCCUCUAGACCUGAAGGACCAGGUACGUAUGGAAGUGCAGGGGGAAGAGGAGAGGAAGGAAGAAGAGGAGGAUGAGGAGGAUGAUGAUGAUGUGACUCACGUGGAUGAAGAGGAGCACCUGAGCGUCCAAACGGAGGACAGAAGAGGAGGGGAUGGACAGUUUAACGAGCAGGUGGAAAAGUUGCGGCGUCCUGAAGGGGCCAGCAACGAGAGCGAGGUGGAUUAGGCCAAGUUCGUCUCUGUCUGCUUUAGUUUAAUCCUUCCAUCAACCAACCCUUUGAGUUCCGGCAUCGCUCCCUUUAUGCGGUCUGUGUAGCACUGUGAAACAAGCAACAGGUGAUGCUCAUCGCUUGCAUAAUCGUAUUCUCAUGAUGUGAGUUUUUAUUUCUUAUGGACUCAAGUAACAGCGCAAACAUUCUUGCAUGUCCAGGCAAGCACAGUAAUGAGCAGUGUGAGUUACACAAUGGCGGAAUUGCAGUCUUUUUUCAGUCUUUUUUCAGUUUUUUAACCUUUAUCAACCAUUCUGUGCCCAGACAUCAUAAAUACUAGUCAAUUCACAUGAAAUUAGUGACUGUAAUUUCUGACUAUAUACAGCAGUCAACCUACUAUAAACAUACUGUAUAUCUACCAGUAAAAAGUUACUGUAUUUAAUUUCAGACAAGGGCCUACAGCAUCAAAUCUUGGACACCAAAGAAUUGCAUUGUUCCACUUUUGUUUUGAGUGUAGAUUGUAGGUCACAUGACCUGAUCUUGUGUGCUUGUGCUGUGUCAUAUGCAACCACAGAGAGAAACCCAUCCUCCGUAUCUUCUGCGGUCCUGUUGAAUGUGCUCUCGUCUGGACUGUUCUUGUUCACUCUGCACUCUCAGCAGAACAUGGAGCAGCAGCUCAUACGUUUGUGGAAGAACAAGUCCUUGUAAUUUCCGAUUAAAGUGAUGAUGGGUUUUGCUGCCUGGUGGUGCUGAGAAUUGGAGAGCGCUGAAGAGGCAAAUAAACACUGUUUUUAAUGCUCUCUGUGUGAGUGAGGGAGCAAAAGAGGGAGGGAGGGACUGAAAGAGAGUGAGAGAUGGCAAAAACAUAGUGCUCUGCCUGCUCAGUUGCAUCUCUCGCAUCUCCAGCAGGGCAGGUGAUUUAGUUUAUGAAGUAUGUUAAUAAUCAAAUGAUCAACAAAUAACAGAUGUAUUAGUUCAUGCAGCUUGAAAUGUCAAGGAGGCUAAAAUCGGAAAUCUAAUACUCAAAGCCCAUUCUAUUGUAUUAUAUUACAUGACAAAGCCUCCAGUCCAAAUUAUACCGGCCUCCUACAGUGAAUAAUCUUAACAUGAAACGGUGCCGGGGUUUUUGUAAUUAAACCAUGUAAAACAAUGGAUGCUUCAGCAGAGGUGCUGACAGUUGUGCUUCUAUCUUUGUGGGGCUUUUCUCUCUCAAGUCCUGAGGGAGAGAAAAGAAAAAAAAACGGAAAAAACACCCCUGAUGCAAAUGGAGAGUAACGUAUGAAUACUUAACUAAUGGAAUUACUCACUCGCCAGCUGACGAGAAAAAAGGCGAGAAAGAUCCCGGAGAGAGAAUUAGAGUGUCAGCUCCACUCUGACAUUUUCACUUUUAACAAAUGGCCUUCAGAGUAACGUGAUUAUGGCUCAAGCAGGUGAAGCGUUUGUGGCAGCGAUCGCUGUGCCUCUACACUAUAGAGGAUCCUUACUGUCUGGAUUAGAGCUGACAUACACUACGAAAAGCUAUUCACGGUAUUAUAGUAGAGAAUAAGAACAUGUACACAUCGUUUACUGUAAUACAGGUCUAGGAGUUUUAGAAUAAUUAUCAAAAAUAGGGGAAAAUAUAAGAUAUUAAAGGAAUACUCCGCUGAUUUUCAACCUAGUCUCUAUCCACCAUGUUCUCAUAAUACAUUGGUUUCCAUUGUAAGUGUGUUUUGAGUCAUCAAGUUUUCUGGUCUUUUAGUAAAUGGAAACUUUUGAAGUAAUUAUGUCCUACAGGUGUAGCAGAUAGAUUAGCAGUGACAGACCUUGACUAUUAGAGCCAGGCCUUCUGUUUCAGCUAUAGAUGUCACAACCUGAUCAAAAGAUGAGGAAGGAAAACCACCUCUAUAUUAAUGCUAAUUACUGUUAGCUUCCCUAUGGGAUUCUUGUAGUACCAACCUCAAAAUGUGAUGUAAGUGCCGGCAUCUCCUGAUAAUAGCAUUCCGAGCAGGUUUCAAUCUGCCUUAUUCACAUGUCAUAGCAGUCAGCUGUUAAAGUGACAGUCUAAAAUUUAUUACAAGAAUCAAGGCUUCUGAAAAAAAAAUGUAAAGACCGCAAACGACCCAAGCAACCGACAAAAACAAAAAUAAAACCCUCCCAUUGUAAACAACUUAGCUCAUUUGGUCAUUUAGAAUUGCAUAAAAUUUACAUUUUUGGGCCUUUCAAGACAAUUGAUGAUUAUUUUAAAUAAAAAUGAAAUUGCAAUUAUAGACUUGUCUUUAAUUUAGCAGAAAUCAUUCAGCUUUCUCUGAAGGCCUUGUAGUGUCAUCUCUGUAAAUCAGGUUGAAAAACAUUGGAGUAUUCCUUUAACUUGAGGUUAAAUUAUAUGAGCAGUUGAAACUGCCUGAUGGGGGACGACGACACAUGUAUGUGUUUGUAUUUGAGCAAACAUUUAUAUAUGGGUAUUGAUGUGUGUUGGUCUGACAUCUGAGAAAAUGUAAAUAUUUGUAAUAAAUUUAACACCAGAUUCACAA